AGGCUGGUCCAGUGUCUCCUGUCAGUCAGACUGUGUGUGCGGUAAAUAGUGAGUGUUUGCAGGAGACAGUCUGCAUCCAUCAUGAACACACUGAACCAGCAGUAUGAGGAGAAGGUCCGGCCCUGCAUCGACCUCAUCGACUCCCUCCGUUCUCUGGGAGUGGAGAAGGACCUGGCGCUGCCUGCCAUCGCCGUGAUCGGAGACCAAAGCUCCGGGAAGAGUUCAGUGUUGGAGGCGCUGUCAGGGGUGGCUCUGCCCAGAGGAAGUGGUAUUGUGACAAGAUGCCCCCUGGAACUGAAGAUGAAGAGACAGAAAUCAGGGGAGGAGUGGUACGGAAAGAUAAGUUACCAGGAUCAUGAGGAAGAUAUAGAUGACCCUGCAGAUGUGGAGAAAAAGAUUAAAGAAGCUCAGAAUGAGAUGGCUGGGAUCGGGUUGGGGAUCAGUGAUGAGCUCAUCAGUCUGGAGAUCGCCUCUCCUGAUGUUCCAGACCUGACACUGAUCGACCUGCCCGGCAUCGCCAGGGUGGCCGUGAAGGGACAACCUGAGAAUAUUGGAGAUCAGAUAAAGAGACUAAUCAGUAAGUUCAUCAAAAAACAAGAGACCAUCAGUUUGGUGGUCGUUCCAUGUAAUGUGGACAUAGCCACCACAGAGGCUUUGAAGAUGGCACAGGAAGUGGAUCCGGAUGGAGAGAGGACUCUGGGUAUCUUGACCAAACCUGAUCUGGUCGACAAAGGCACAGAAGAGACGGUGGUCGACAUCGUCCAUAAUGAGGUUAUCCAUCUGAAGAAGGGCUACAUGAUCGUCAAGUGCAGGGGUCAGAAGGAGAUCACAGAGAAGGUGUCCCUCACUGAUGCAAUCGAAAGAGAGAAAACCUUCUUCAAAGAUCAUGCAUUUUUCAAUGUGCUUUAUGAUGACGGCCAUGCCACUAUUCCUAAACUGGCUGAAAAACUCACUCUUGAACUGGUGCAUCAUAUUGAGAAGUCUCUACCUCGACUGGAGGAGCAAAUUGAGGUGAAACUAGCUCAAACUCAGGCAGAGAUGGAGAGAUAUGGCUCUGGACCUCCAACUGAUGCAGCAGAGAGACUUACAUUCCUCAUCGAUAAAGUUACAGCGUUCAACCAAGACGCACUCAAUCUGACCGUAGGAGAGGAACUCAGGUGUGGAGAGAAGCUCAAUGUCUUUUCUGCACUCAGAAGAGAAUUUGCAAAAUGGAGAGACCUCCUUGACCGAUCAGGAUAUGACUUUAAUGUCAGAAUUGAAAAAGAGGUGGAGGCAUAUGAAGACAAGUAUCGUGGAAGAGAACUGCCAGGUUUCAUCAACUACAAAACCUUUGAGGGGAUGAUCAAGGAGCAGAUCAAGAAGCUAGAGGAACCAGCUGUGAGGAGACUUAAAGACAUAGGAGAUAUCGUCAGGAAGGUUUUCAUACAACUGGCCCACAUCAGCUUCAGUGGAUUUCCUAACCUUCUGAAAACAGUCAAGGCAAAGAUCGAGUCCAUUAAGCAAGAAAAGGAGUCAACUGCAGAGGUCACAUUGAGAACUCAGUUCAAGAUGGAGCUGAUUGUUUACACCCAGGAUCAGACCUACAGCAACAGUCUGAGUGAAAGAAAGAGAGAGGAUGAAGACUAUGAAGAAAGAAAGCGGCUCACAAAACCAGCCGCGAUUAAAAAAGCACAAAGCAUUGUGUUCUGUGAGGAUAGUAAGGCCACAAUCCAGGAGCUGAUGUUGCACAUUAAGUCAUACUACCGUAUUGCCAGUCAGCGUUUGGCUGACCAGAUCCCUCUGGUAAUCCGUUACCAGAUGCUCCAGGAGAUGGCAGCCGACUUACAGAGGGAGAUGCUGCAGAUGCUUCAGGACAAGGGAGAUCUUGAGCUCCUACUAAAAGAAGAUUUUGAUAUCGGCAGCAAAAGGGCUGCUCUGCAGAGUCGCCGCAAACGCCUCGUGCAGGCUCGAGCAUACCUGGUGAAGUUCUAGAGAGCAAAGGACUGACAGUAUGAGUCAUGAUCACAAGUAAAGUUUAGCUGAGUUAGUCUGGUGGUGCCUGGCUGCAAACACCUGCACAAAUUAUGAGCAAAAGAUCAAGACUAUGUUGAAGUAUGAACACCAUGUACACCAUGACUAUGGCUCACCCUUGUGGCUAUGUAGGGGAAUUACAUUGGUAAACAAAGCCUCCUUUUUAGUUAGUCACAGAAAAGACGCAACCUGUACUUAAAAUGCAUUCAUGUAUUUUUUUCAUAAUCUUAAAGUGAUUCAGUUAAACUCUAAGGUUAUAUAUAUUUUGCUUAUAUAUAUUUAAACAUUUAACACUAUAUAAAAUACAGACGGCAGCGAAUACACACAUCAUUCUGUCUCCGGUAACAGUUGAGCAACAGUAUACUACGGUGGAGGUCAUUCUAUUGGUCUUUAUUUGAUUCUUCUAUCUGUAUCUUAUGUUUCUAGCAUGAGUAUAUGAAUAUCAUAAACAUUUGAUUGAUUUUU